AUGGCGACCCUGGAACCAGCAACCAAGGUCCUCAUAGUCGGCUCUGGACUAUCAGGCGUUGCGUUGGCACAGAUACUCCGCAAUGGAAAUGUGCAAUUUGAAAUAUUUGAACGCGACGAUGGCACUCGGUCCCAGGGUUGGACGAUAGGCUUGGACGAAUGUCUAGAAGGUCUCUACCGACUUCUUCCAACAGAUCUACCUGAACUGGCUAGCAGCAGCCCAAACUUCCAUCGCAAAGACACGAUGGAUUGUUUCACCAUCAUGGAUGGGCCGAGCCACCAAAUUCUAGGACUUACAAAAACAAAGCACGAGGGUGAAAAUUUGCCCAUUCUAUUCGUGAACCGUCUCAAGUUCCGCGAAGUGCUCAAAACUCACCUCAACGUGCAAUAUUCCAAACAAUUUGUGCGUUAUGAGGAAGAUCAUGACGGGGUGACUGCAUACUUCAAAGAUGGCACCAGCGCCCGCGGUCAUAUCUUGGUUGGUGCAGAUGGAUCAAACUCCCCAGUGCGCGCUCAGUUUCUCCAGGGAUUCAAGCCAGAUUCCAGUCCUUUCCUCACAGCCCUGGGUAGAGUUGUCCUCUCCAAGGACCUUUAUGAACCUUUGCUCGAACACUCAGCGAACGGUAUCCUCGCUGGUGGACCCGAUCAAAAGACAUACUGUCUCCUGAUGGAGUAUUUGGACAAUGAUACUGCUAUCUUCAAUUGGACAGUGUCCUGGCGGUCCAGCAACUUGGAGGAAGAUUAUGCCAAAACAGUUGAGGCUGGUCCAGCAGCUCAAUUGGAGAUGGCAAGGCAACGUAUGAAAGACUGGCCUCCAGCCAUGGUCAACGCCUUAGCACAGUGUGAACCGUCCGAUCUACAGUGGCCGCCAGUGAGACUUAUGGAGACUGUACUUCCACCUCGAAACCUGCCGAGAGGCCGUGUCACUUUGAUUGGCGAUGCCGCUCAUUCAAUGGUGCCUUUUAGAGGAAUGGGAGCCAACACUGCUCUUCUUGACGCGUGCGACCUCGGAGAGGGUUUGAUCAAAGGCAUUCAAGAAAAGGAAGACCUUCAAUGGGUUCUUCAACUCUACGAACAGAUCAUGAUCCCCCGUGGUCGUAACAAAGUUCUGGAAUCUAGAGCUACAGCCGACUCUGAUGAUGCCCGAGAGAUAGCUGGCGGUCGGAUAGAUGAAGCACAGGCGUCGUCCCAUCCCAUACCAUUGCGUUAG